GUAGCGUGGCGAGGGCGGACCGUGUGACGUAGAGCUGAGGCUCUGGCUGUUUAUUGUUCCUUCCUCAGCGCCGACAGAGAAAAACAGGCUAACAAGCUGUCAGAUACCUUUUUCACACGGUUCACGGUUGGUUUAACGAAGGUGUAACGGUCGAGACAGCUGACUCCACAAACCAGGGGCCAUGGCGUAUGCGUACCUCUUCAAAUACAUCAUCAUCGGAGACACGGGUGUGGGGAAGUCAUGUCUAUUACUACAGUUCACAGACAAGAGGUUUCAGCCAGUUCACGACCUCACUAUCGGUGUGGAGUUCGGAGCGAGAAUGAUCACUAUAGAUGGCAAACAGAUCAAACUGCAGAUCUGGGAUACGGCUGGUCAGGAGUCGUUCCGGUCCAUCACCAGGUCUUACUACAGAGGAGCAGCAGGAGCACUGCUAGUCUAUGACAUCACAAGAAGGGACACCUUCAACCACUUGACGACCUGGUUAGAGGACGCUCGCCAACAUUCCAACUCCAAUAUGGUCAUCAUGCUCAUUGGCAACAAGAGUGACCUGGAGUCAAGGAGAGAGGUGAAGAAAGAGGAAGGUGAAGCAUUUGCCAGAGAACAUGGCCUCAUAUUCAUGGAGACCUCAGCCAAGACUGCCUCUAAUGUAGAGGAGGCUUUCAUCAACACAGCCAAGGAGAUCUAUGAGAAGAUCCAGGAGGGAGUGUUUGAUAUCAACAAUGAGGCUAAUGGUAUUAAGAUUGGACCCCAGCAUCCUACCACCAACUCCACACUGUCCGGUAGCCAGGGAGGCCAACAGGCUGGAGGGGGCUGCUGCUGAAGCCCCAGAAGACUCCUCCUCCUCCUCCAACCCCGACCCUUCCUCCUCGCCCUCUCCAACCCUCCCUUGCGUUUCUACAGAACUGUCCAGGCUCACUAACAGUUUAACCUCUCUCUCACUCGGCCGCUCCAUUCUUUCUUUCUUCCAUCCAUCCAUCCCUCCCUCUCUCUCUGUGUCUUUUUCUCUCUCUCUUUCAGCCAUGUCUUUCCUAAGUCUCUUGACCAUACCUAAGCAUCUAGGGGCGAUGUCCCCAUAAAUCAACGUGACUUCCUACAGUCUUACGAGGACAGAGUCAGCUUCACCUGCUGAUUUAGUCACCAAAUUCUGAAGUUUUGCACUUCACUUUAUUUUUUGUUAGAUAAACAGAUUUUAAUCUUUUUUUUUUUUUUUUUAAAAAAAACACCCAUAUUGGAAUGUGAAUAAUUCUAUUCCAGCAGUUUAAUUUACACACUCCUCUUAAUGAGGAUGUUGUUGGGAUAUUACAGUACCUCACAAUCAUUAAAAAAACAACAACUAUAUCUUCAGUAACAGUGAGUUGACUUUGUCCAGAUAGAGACAGGAUUGUGGGUAGCGAUUAAACACACUGACUGUAUGGAAUAAAUCAUGCACUGUGUUGUGUCUAUACACACAUCUGUACAUGUUUUCAAGAAAAUGACGCAGCAUGUUGAUAGCAGGACAUGUUUCUACAUGUUGAGCCAGUUUUCAUGCUGUGCCUGUGUGUAUAGGGAUGAUAUAGGUUUUCCAGUAUGGCAUUUUUUGUAAGCUGUGGGAGGCAUUCGAGUCACUCUGUAUUUUCUGUCCAUAAAAACAAAGUGCAAAUUAUGUUAUUUUGUGCUUCCUUUCCCUAUUUUUCGUCAUGUUAUUUUGUUCUCUCUGUCUUUGUGUCCUUUUUGUUGACUUGCAAAUGAUUUGUAUUUAAUGAACACUACAAACUGGCUGUUGCUUAAAAUGUGUUUUAAAUUGUCUGGAGAGAGAAUAAAAGACCAAACUGGUGAGUGUGAAAA